UUCUUUUUUGGUUCUUUCCACUCCACACGCGCACGGUCGUUGCAGUUCAUCCAAACGUGACUGUAGGACAACAAAACAGGAAUCAAACUAGGAAGCGUCGUUGGAAAGCGGACAGGAGAGUCUGUUUUUAAACGGUACGAGGCUCGGCAGUAGCGGCCAGGCGGCGGACCGAAGCUCCGGAGAGCGGAGGUGUGGCGUGGGGGGGGGGGGGGGGGGGCAACCCAGCCCCGCCGUUACACACUUUCUACAGCAACCCAGGAGGAACCCGGCUGACUUUUUCUCCCGCUUCGUUUCCGCCUCAUGACCCAAUUCCCAGGACAACGUGGGGUCCACGGCGCGCGGGGAAACGGUGGGACGAGUUUGCAGAGACGUUGGCUGGAAUGAAGGCUCGGAUCGAAAAUAGAGGAGCAGCUCUGAAGUGAAGGCAGUUGGCAGCCAAGGACAGAAACGAGGUGGACGACACGUCGGAGGGGCGUGGGAAUCGCUAACCGCACGCACGUACAGUAUGAUUGGGUGUCUCCCAUUCCUCCUUCCGUCUGCCUAAGAGCGACGUCCACCUCCAGCACUGGCUGCAGGGCCAGCAGAUUUACCCCCGCGGAUACCCCAACCUCUUCCGUGUCCUGAAGCUUCACACCCAGCAACAACCUCACAGGGGGUCAACAACCCCCCACCCCCACUGCGUCCCCCCGCCCUCCACUGCUCCCCUCCCAGGUACUCCAGGGACGAGACGACUCUGUGCUUUACAGACAGACCCCUCCGGACCGUCGAAUGACGAGCGUGCUUCGGAGGGCGGGGCUUGCCUCAGUCUCUCAUGAUUGGCUGCUGGAUGGAAUUGAGGUGAAUGGAACACAUGCCCAAGGAGCAGGACUCUAACCCAUCAGAGGGAGAAGAGAAACAGUGGCUCAAUGGCCCUAAGAGGAAGAGGAAGAACAGCCAAUGUUCGGUGAAGAGUAUGACUGGGUACAUCCCCAGCUACCUCGAAAAGGAUGAGCCAUGCGUGGUGUGUGGCGACAAGGCCACAGGGUACCACUACCGCUGUAUUACCUGCGAGGGCUGCAAGGGUUUCUUUCGUAGGACCAUUCAAAAGAACCUCCACCCCACCUACUCCUGCGAAUAUGAUGGCUGCUGCAUUAUUGACAAGAUCACCCGGAACCAGUGCCAGCUGUGUCGCUUUAAGAAGUGCAUCUCGGUGGGAAUGGCCAUGGACUUGGUCCUGGAUGACUCAAAGCGGGUGGCCAAACGGCGCCUUAUUGAGGAGAACAGGGAGAAACGCAAAAAGGAGGAGAUGGUGAAGACCCUGCAGACCCGUCCAGAGCCCACUGUGGCCGAGUGGGACCUGAUCCGGCUGGUGACGGAGGCCCAUCGGCAUACCAACGCUCAGGGCGCACAGUGGAAACAGAACCGCAAAUUCCUGCCAGAGAAGAUUGGCCAAUCUCCGGUUGCCCCGACGUCCGACGGAGACAAGGUGGACCUGGAAGCCUUCAGCGAAUUCACCAAGAUCAUCACCCCUGCCAUCACACGAGUAGUCGACUUUGCCAAAAAACUGCCCAUGUUCUCUGAGCUGCCUUGUGAAGACCAGAUCAUCUUGUUGAAGGGCUGCUGCAUGGAGAUCAUGUCGUUGCGAGCGGCAAUCCGUUAUGACCCCGAAAGCGAGACGCUGACGCUGAGCGGGGAGAUAGCCGUGAAGCGCGAGCAGCUGAAGAACGGAGGGCUGGGUGUGGUGUCUGACGCCAUCUUUGAUUUGGGCAAAAGCCUGGCGCAGUUCAACCUGGACGACACGGAAGUGGCGCUUCUGCAGGCCGUGCUUCUCAUGAGCUCAGAUCGCUCAGGCCUGACGUCUGUGGACAAGAUAGAGAAGUGCCAGGAGACGUACCUGCUGGCAUUCGAGCACUACAUCAACUACCGCAAGCACAACAUUCCCCACUUCUGGCCCAAACUCCUGAUGAAGGUGACGGACCUGCGGAUGAUCGGCGCGUGCCACGCCAGCCGUUUCCUUCACAUGAAGGUGGAGUGUCCCAACGAACUGUUCCCGCCGCUUUUCCUCGAGGUCUUCGAGGAACAGGAAGUGUGACACGUGCAGACGCCAGCGUGUGUAACGGAAAGCAGGAAACGGGAGACGGGCUAAGCCACAGAGACGCGUGGAGAGUCUCAUCGGCAGGAAUUUGCGUUUCUCCGACAUCAAAUUCACAGUUUGUGGUUACAAAGAAACUGGAUAUAACCGGAAAGAAAACACACACCAGCAACGGGAGAAUGGAACAAGAACCUCCUCCCUUCUCUUUCUUACACCUUCUGUUUAAACAUCCGUGUGGGGGCCCUUC